AUGGUUGUGAUCCCUGUGGGACAUGGUGCACUCACGCAGUCAGUGACGCUCCUCCAUUCGAAUACUUGCAUCUGUCUGUCACUUCUAUCCGGACUAAUUCGUUUUAUCCUAAUUUCUUUUAUUUGUAUUCUUUCUGUUGUCUGCCUAACCUUUUUCGCCAUUAUUACUUGCUCUUAUUCCGGCGGUGAGAUUCAUGGUAACUGCAUACACCGCUCCACGCUACCCAAGGUCACAGUUGAACUGAACCGAGCUGUUCUAUUGCAACAACCUAGAUCCUCGGGACCGCAACACUACGGUCAUGGAAUAGUUAGAUCAGUGCUAGCUUCUCCUUACCACCCAAGCGGACCCUUUCGCGAUAACUAUUCGAUUGUCGGUUGCGCAUCUCACAAUUUACCGGCGAAUUUGAAACCCAGCGUGGUCUCAGACUUCGUAACUCCAUGU